AUGUCAGCUUCCCAGAUGGCACAACUCAACGAACAAUUUGCCAUUCUACAAGCUAAUUUGGCGGAGUUUGAUGGUCUCAUUAAGGAUGUCUCGGUGCAAUAUCAAUCACUCCAGGACCUAGCGAUCAUGCAUGGAUCGAUGUUUAUGGCCAGCCAGACUGUGUUUGGGAACAAUUACAACAUGGAAGAGGAACGGCCAUGA